UUGUAAAUUUCUUGAUUAUUUUUAUUUUAUAAUUAUUAAUUUUAUAGAAUUGAAAAUACAUGGAUGUAUUUAUGUAGGUUGGUUCUCACAAAUGAUUGUCUUAUUAUUUUAUUAAACUCCUUCUUUUUUAUACUAGCACAAGUCAGGAGCGGAGAAAUCAUUAAUUUAUCUAGUACUAAUUUAUAGAGAUUUUAUCGUAAUGAGAAACGGAGAAAUUAUUAAUUUAUUUUAGAUUAAUUAAUUUGGUUAUUGUUAAGAGCUAACGAAAAGUGUCUAACCGAGAUUUUUCUUACGAUUGGCAUUCUCGGGUGUCAGAAGCUGGCUUAAGCCCUGUAAAUAGAAUUCCCGAUCGAAAAUGAAGAAAAGAAGAGCUAGCCACAAAGGACCAAAGAGAGAAGGGCCUAGUCGUCAUGGGAAAGAAAAGCAUAAAGAAGAACGAAAGUAUUCACUGAGAGCUUGUCCAGGGAUAGGGACCUGCAAUGGCAAAGACUACUGACCCUAUUCUUGUUGUUCCUUACCGUCAGUGCACAAUGUAGUCAACAUCACGUUUUAAAACUUAAAAUUUUACUUUCUAGGUCACCAAAAUGCUUUUACAUAUCAAGGAGAUCCUCUACUCGAUCCUUCAAGCUGCCAUCGAGGAGGUUCUCUACUCGAGAGCAUUCGAGCAACAUAUCCAAAGUUCGUGAGUGUCGGUUUCAACUCCAAAAUCUAUGUAACAAGUGGUAUCAGAGCUUGGUUUAGCGCGACCGGAGUCCAUGAAAAUGGUGCCGAAGAAGCAAGCGUCCCAACCAGCUUCUUCCGACAACACCGCCAUCAACGAGGAUACUCUUCAAGGACUACGUGAGGCUCAACACACUGUAGAGGAGACGUCAAAAACACUGCAGAUGAUGACUACUCAACUCGACGACCAACCUCAGCGCUAGCAGGGCAUGGAGGGAAGCAUCAACAAAAUAGAGGCCACCAUGAGGCAACUGCAGGCCUCGAUUUUGGAGAUGACACGAGAGCAGGCCUCGAUCAUGGAGCCGGCGCGUGGAUUAACGACGAGGAUCCAUGUGCUACAAGUAUCGAUCAACGACAAGAUCUUCGAGACAUCCGGUCUAGUAGCAUGCGAUCAUCGACGACGAGGAGAAACAAGGGGACUCUGCGAUGAGUAACGAGGAUGAGGCAGCAAAAGCAACUGCGAGGCCGAGGUCGACGAGGCAUUCGACCGCGAACGUCUCAAGCGGGGAGAAAUUGAAGGCAAUCGCGGAGGAGGAGGUUACCGUGGGCAGGGUCGUCGCAAUCCCUACCAGGCUCAACGGAGCGGGGCGUGGAGCAACCGGUGGAACCCAGGUCGGCGGCAGCGGCCACGGUGGGAGAUCGGUCUCCGCGAUGGGACCCGAAUGGGGAGCUUUGGCUCUCGACCAGGGUGCGGGUCUAGGGAGAGGACCGACCAAAUCGACCGGAGCCGAGCAUGACAUUUCCGCCGGGCAUCAUCGGGGGCUAAGCCAGUCCGGUUAGCUUCAGAAUACCGGCGACGGCGGUCAGGUGGCGGGAGGGAUUUUCUAGCCGACUGGGCUAGCGGGUCUACUACUGCAUUGGGCCAUGGUGAUGUGGGUCGGUUAGCUGAGCCAGGAGCAUGAUCCACCACCAACCCGACAACGAGCCACGGAGAGGGAGGGGUGACGGGGGCACCGCACGCAGGCUUCUUCAUUGGUGCAAGUGAACCGGAGGGAGAUGGGGGCCGUGGAGCAGGACCAAGCGCAGUAGGUGGGCCUGAUGGAGUUGGUCCUAAUGUUGGGCAAGCUGGAGUGGGCCCCACCAACAGGCCGAGGAGCGAGGGAGAUUGGAAGCGGAUUGGGUGACUGUGGUUCACCAUCACAGAGGUAUGGUUCAGGUCGGACCAAUGAAUGAAUCGUACCCUUUCGACAGAAGUUGGCUCGAUUGGAAUUUCCAAAGUACAAUCGAAGUGAGGACCCAUCCAGAUGGUUCGCGUGAGUGGAGCAGUUCUUCAAAUUCCAGGAGACGUUAGAAGAGCAGAAGGUGCUACUAGCAUCUUAUCAUAAGGAGGGAGAUGCCAACCAAUGGUGGCAAUGGGUGGACCGAAACCUACACUAUGACAGGGAUGAUGAUGACAUGGGCCCCGAUUUCGUGAGGAGUUAUGGGCUAGAUUUGGUCUGACAGAGACCACAUCGAGUCAUGAAACUCUCGCUAAGAUCAAACAAACUGGAUCGUUAAGCGAUUAUCUCUUAGCUUUUGAGAGAUUGGGCAAUCAAUGCUAUGGAUGGACGGAAGAGGCGUUAGUGGACUCGUUCAUUGGUGGGCUCAAAUCUGAAAUUUUUGAUGCAAUCCGCAUGUUCAAAUAGAAAACGGCGAGGAAGGCAAUACCACUCGCAAAAGUGAAGGACGAGGAACUAGCAAAGCCUCCCGAAGCGCCACGGAAUCCGCCAAUGGAGCCUAUGGAGACCAUGACCGAGGCAGCACCUGCCCAACCAUGUGCAGCACCGCCACACAACCCAAAUGCUAGAAGGAUAUCGCUAGAAGAGGUAGCACGUCGUCGGGCAUAAGGCUGUUGUUUUCAUUGUGACGAGCGUUUCACGAUUGGUCACUAUUGUGACAAUAAGAACAUGCUACUUUACAUGGGCGCUGGGCCGUGCUUGGGCCGGCACGGCAUGGGCACGCUUCGGACCCAUUUAUUUCGUGUCGUGCUUGGCACGGCCCGUCAGUUUUCAUGUCGUGCCAUGCAAGCCCAUUUGUCAACUUUGCUAGGCCUGGCCCAGGCCCGGGCACGGUUCGAAUCGUGCCGUGCCUAUUCGUGCUCGUGCCAUGCUCGUAUCGUGUUUAAUGAAAAGGACAAAAACAA